AUGUCGCUGGAAGAUUCGAUAACGAAGCUAUCCCUUUAUGAUGCUAAAAAGUACUUCAGAAAGGCGCAGAAUGUAGUGUUUAAUUACACGGAAAUGGAGGCCAAAGUAAGGGAGGCUACCAAUAAUGAACCGUGGGGUGCAUCCUCGACGUUAAUGGAGAAGAUUGCGCAAGGUACGUACAACUAUCGGGAACGGGAGGAAAUUUUGGGUAUGAUCUUUAGGCGUUUCACCGAGAAAACGGCUAGUGAAUGGAGACAAAUCUACAAGGCCCUUCAGUUAUUAGAAUACCUAAUUAAACACGGAAGUGAGAGGUUUAUUGAUGAUGUUCGCAAUAACUUGAACUUAGUUAAAAUGCUCGAGAGUUUCCAUUAUAUUGACUCGCAAGGAAGAGAUCAAGGGAUUAAUGUUAGAAAUAGAGCGAGCCAAUUGGUCAAGCUGUUGGAAAGCGACGAGAUGAUUAGACAAGAACGUAAAAAAGCCAGAGAGACCAUGAAGAAAUACAAAGGUGUUGCUGGCGGUAUUGUGCCCGGAAUGGGUGCUAACGUAAACUCCCGUGCGGGUUAUACCAGAUCAACAAACCAGGGAAUCUCUGUCAGUGCCGAUUUUGAUAGCGAUGAUGACGACGGUUACCAGAAACCACAACCUUAUGGCUUGGACAAUGGAAACAGCAAAUCUAGCUACAACCCUAAUGAAGAAUAUGAACCAAGACAAAGCGAAGGGUCAUCCGAUCUCCUUGACAUACAAGAAAAUGAGGGUGCUAAAAAUAAAAAACAAGAUCAGCAAACUAAUAGCCAGGCAGCAGCAGCAGCAGCAGAUAUUGAUGACGAUGACGACGAAGAUUUUGCAGAGUUCCAAAGUGCUACUCCAUCUGCCCCAGUGUCCAACAGAUUGGAUGACCUGGUGUUCUCAAACGAUAACUCCUUUGCGACUCCAUCUCACCCACAUGCACCAGCAACAGCUGUCACACCAGCUAUCGCGGAAGCAGCUAAGGCUUCUGAUCCUUUCGGAUCAUUAUUCUCAUCUGCAAAAAAGGAACCAUUCAAAACUACGGUCACAGCAUCAACUACAGGUAAAACAGAAACAGCAUCCAACCCUGUUGCCCAUUCCGACGACGCAGAUCUAUUCGGAGACCUUCAACCUGCACCAAAUUCCCAAAAAUCGAAUGGAAACCACCAGCAACCUGCGACCCAAAAUCACUCUGAGGAAAUUGACUUACUAAGUUUUUAG